GUCAUAAUGUUUGUAAAUAAACCUGUCCGUGAAAUAUUUCAAUGAAGUUUCGGAGGCAAAUUCUUUGUUAAUUAGCAACUGUCAUUUUUCUGAAUCUUUGUAUAUCGUUUCUCUUACACACCAGUUUUGAAGAAAAGGUCAGAAGAAGAAUGGCUCUAACUAAUGCCCAUAAGUUGGUGCAUUUAGAUUUAAAAGGAGCUGCUCCUAGGAUAGAAUAUCUGCAGGUGUUGUUUCCAAUUCUUAAGAAGAAUGGAGCUACAGGGUUGUUGUUAGAAUAUGAAGAUAUGUUCCCAUAUGUUGGUCAGUUAGAGGAAUUAUCUCAGAGAUAUGCUUAUAGUAAAGACAAUAUAGCAGAGUUACUUCAGCUUGCUGAAGACAAUAGUCUUACUGUUAUACCUCUUAUUCAGACAUUCGGACAUUUUGAGUUUGUGUUGAAGCAUGAAAAGUUUAAAAGUUUGUGUGAGUUAGAAGGAUACCCUAGUGCUCUGUGCCCAUCUAAUGCAGAUUCUCUGACUGUUAUAAGUAUGAUUAUAGAUCAGGUGAUGACUGCCCACCCUGCCAUACAAUAUUUUCAUAUCGGAGGUGACGAGGUGUAUCACCUUGGAGUUUGUGAAAGAUGUAAACGAAAGAUGUUAAUGGAGAACUGGACUGUACAACAGCUGUUCUUUGCCCAUGUUAGGGCUGUUUGUUUGUUCAUCAAAGAAAAAUAUCCACAUAUCACAAUCAUAAUGUGGGACGACAUGUUACGUUUUCUAGAACUACCUGUUCUUGCAGAGUCUGGUUUAGGAAGUCUUGUAGAAAUUAUGGUAUGGCAUUACCUCCCCUCAUUCCUGCUACCACCUGAUAUAUGGGAUCGUUUUUCCAAAGUGUUUAGUAACAUUUGGGUGGCGAGUGCUUUUAAAGGUGCUACAGGGGCAUGUAUGUAUGCUACCAACAUUAUGUAUCAUGUUGACAAUCAUCUCACCUGGCUGAGUGUUCUAGAUCAUAUCAAAUCAAAGUUUGAAAACAUCAAGGGUAUUGCAAUAACAGGCUGGCAAAGGUAUGAUCAUUAUGCCAUAUUGUGCGAGUUGUUACCGCAGGCACUACCGUCUUUACUUACAUGUUUGGCUGUCAUUAAUAGAGAAACAUUCACUUCUAGUAUUCAUUCAGAUGUGACCCAGCAACUCAAAUUUCAGGGUCUCCUGCCACUAAAUCCAUUUGAAGGGAAGGACAUUCCAGCAUGUGAAUUUCCUGGUUCAGAUAUUUAUAAAGACACAAUAGAACUACUCAGGUUAGAAGCUGCCUAUGAGGAUUUCCUGCAUAGUGAAGGGAGAUUGUCAUGGAUGAAUGAAUAUCACAUGCGUAGAAACUUCACCAACCCAAUGCAUCUAGAAGCACUACUGGCUCAAGCAGUAAGGCUUCUAAAUGGCUUAAAACUUUUACAUAAAAAGUUUGAAACUUCUCUGAAGGUUGUUUUCUUUCCUGAUACUGUUGAUGAAUGGUGUGGUGUAUAUCUUAAACCUAAAAUAGACAAAAUGACCGAUAUUGUGGAGUUGGCCAGGAACCAGGAUAGGGGCUCUAGUCUAGAGACAUAGCCAUGUGUGAUUGGAUAAUAUCUGUUGUUGUUGUUGAAAGAUUAUAAUUGUGUCUUUGCUCUCACCAUUUUCAGUGAAAUUUUUGCUUAUAAUUUUGAUUUCAGUGUUUAUACCAUGUUAAUACCAGAAAGUAAAUUCCUUUGAAUCUGAUGCAAAGCGUCUAAAAGUGUUUUAACUUCAGUUUUCAAAGAGAAAAAGUGGAGCUAUUGUCAUGACCCUCUGGUUGGCAUUGGUGACAGCGUCUGCUUUGGUUAACCUUUUCCUUAAGGUCCAUUUUUUGCAGGAAG